CUGUUUUUACCGGCGGCGGAGCAGGCAAGCGGGUCCUGCGGCAGGAAAAAGCGCCAACUUCUGCCUCAGCGUCCCGAUGGUGGAAGUCUCAUUUAUCGGCUCCUGAACCCGCUCAUCCCGGGACAUUUACCGAACUCUACCGUGGCAUGACUCGCUCAGAGAAUUAGUCGCCCCUCCAAGCUGCUCCGAACAAGAAUGCCAGGUCUGCAAGGUGAGGAUGUGGUGGCGGCGCUGGGGAGCCCCAUCAAGAAGAGCAAAUUGUCCCUGAGGUUCUUCCAGAAGAAGGAAGCCAAACGGGUGCUGGACUUCUCUGAGCCUCCGGCACAUGAACCCAAAUCGUCUGAACCAACGGAGCCCGAGGACAGCGGUGAUCAGGUGGUUCCUGAUCCUCCUGUGUGUCCAGAGUCACCUUGUCUCCUUCCGUCAGGUGAAAAGAGGGAGAGCCUGGUGCCAUUUGUGGGCUUCAACAACCUGGGCAACACCUGCUAUUUGAACAGUAUCUUACAGGUUCUGUACUACUGUCCAGGACUGAGAGGAGGAAUAAAGAAACUCUACGAACUGUCUAAAAGAAAAGACAAACCAAAGGAAGAAACGGAUACAAGUGAAGAGCAGCCAGAAGAUGUAGCUGAGUCCUUGCCAGCUCACGUCGAGCUGUUGCAGAGCUUCAACAGUCUGAUCACGUCAGUGGAGCAGCUGCAGUCCAGCUUCCUGCUCAACCCUGACAGCUUCAGUGACGGAGAGCUCUCCACACCGCCGCGGAGAAUCCUGAACACACUCAGGCAACUGAACCCCAUGUAUGAAGGCUAUCUUCAGCAUGAUGCCCAGGAGGUGCUGCAGUGCAUUCUGGGAUACAUCCAAGAGACUUGUGACUCCAUCAGGAAGGAGCAGGAGCUGGAAAGGGAGGAGGAGGACGCGACAGAAGUCAAACAGGAGAAGGGUGUUCAUUUGGGUUCCAGCGACUCAGACGUUGCUGUAACGGAUCCCACAGAAGGCCAAACAGACGAGGACGGCCAAGUCACUGGCAAGAGAAAGAGUGACACCGAGGUGGGAAAUGCCAAGAAGAAGCCCAAAUCUGUCAAGUCUAAGAAGUGUGAUGUGGAGGAAGACAACAGUGGUAGGAAUCCACCCUUCACCCGUUCCAAACGGAAGUCCUCCAGUGACAUUCUGGUGGACAGCACCCAAGAAAAAGGUGGAGAAAAGGAAGCAGAGGAGGAAGAGGUGGUGAAAAAGCUAGAUGGGAAGGAGGAUGGAGGGAGCGACGGUGAAGGAAAAGGUGAAAAGGCGUCUAAAGAGGCAGAGGGGAAGAGGAAGAAACGCUCUAGGCUGAGCUGGUUGAGGCCUUCUGGGAAACAGCCAAGUAUUUUCUCCAAAUUCCUCAGCGUGGGGAAGAUCAGCUCCAUUAACACGAAGAACCCAAUUAAGGUGGAGCCGGAGAACGGACAGAGCGACGAGCAAAGUCCGAAAGAGAAGAGCAGUGAUGAGAAAUCACCACAAAAGCUGGCUGAAGAGGAGACUGUGAAACAUGAAGAUGGCCUGGACCUGUUGGAGCGCCUGUUCCAGGGUCAGCUGGUUCUGAGGACUCGUUGUCUGGAGUGCGAGAGCUUCACGGAGAGGAGAGAGGACUUCCAAGACAUCAGUGUCCCCGUGCUCGAUGAGCAACCCGGAAGCCCGGAUGAUCUCCCAGAUGUCUCUCCGGACCCCAAACCAGAGCUGAGGACUCUGAAAUGGGCCAUUGGCCAGUUUGCUUCAGUGGAGCGGAUCGUCGGAGAGGACAAAUACUUCUGUGAGACCUGUCUUCACUACACAGAGGCCGAGAGAAGUCUUCUGUUUGACAAGACUCCUGAAGUCGUCACCAUUCAUCUGAAACGCUUCUCUGCCAACAGCUUAGACAUGGACCCAUAUGCUGGCCUCUCUAAGGUGAACACUCCCUUGCAGACUCCUUUUACCUUGUCUCUGGAGGAGUGGUGCACACGUCCCUCCGCCAAAGGUCAACAAUACCAGUUGUUUGCUGUGGUCAUGCACAGCGGUGUCACCAUCAGCAGUGGCCACUACACCGCCUACGUCCGCAUGUCUGACCUGAAAGACGUGGAGCUCUGGCCGCAGGGCAGAGAAGAAACAGAAAAGGGGGAAGAGGAGGAAAAGGACAGCAAAGAGGGGGUGCAGGUGAAGGAGGAAGCGCUGGACUACAAUGAUGGGGAAGUGUCCUUCAGCCUGAGAACGAGGGGACAGAGAGGUGCUAGUUUGGCGAGCAGCAAGGCGGGGGGCAAAAAGUCAGAGGGUGUGGUGGGACUGUUGGGCGGCCAGAGGAGUUCGACCAGUUACGAGCUCGGGAGCAGCAGCAGCAGCAAACACACAGAUAAAGCUUCCAGCAGUUCAGCAACAGAGGGGUCGAAACGCAGGAAGACGAUCAACAGUCAUAAAAAGGAGCCUGAGGAAGGAGAGGAGGCAGUGCUGCCCCCUUGUGGUGGGUCAGGGCCGCUGAACUCCCUCCAGGAGUACGAAGGCAAAUGGAUGCUGUUUGAUGACUCUGAGGUGCGUUUGUUUGAGGAGGAGGACUUCCUGCGCGCCUGCUCUCCAGAGACCAGCUCCUCAUCAACGCCUUACCUGCUCUUCUACAGAAGGAUCCCUGAACCUGGAUGCUAACACAAGGACUCAUUGGGGGGGGGAGAGAGUGCUCAGACAGAAAAAAGACAGUUGUAUUUUUUGCAAUACUACAAAUUCUGCCCAAAAUACUCUUGUUGCCAUAUUUAGAACCUGAGCAGAAGCUACCUUUCAGGCCAGAAACCAUCUCAUGGACUCUAGUUGGGUCAGACGUCAUAUAUUUCAGGAAUGACUUGACUCUUCUUUUUCUACGUGUCAGGGAUGACUCGCUUUUUUUGUACACAAUGUUUUUUUUCUGUCCAUAGUGUUUCUAUGACACCCUCAUUGUCUUUAACACAUCCUCCUUUUUUGGAUCAGUCAUUGAGUUUCUAUGGAUCCCUUUUACAAAAUGGAAAAGCACUUUUAAACAAAAAUGUCAUCAAGUGAAAAUCUGAAAUGCUGGAAAAAGCCUUUCCGAGCUAAAAGUGUCUCUAAAUUGUAUUAAUCCUUGCAAUAAGCCUUUAUUCACCUAUCACAGACACAUCUUUGUAUGAAGCCUGAUAGUGAUGAGAUCAAUGCUUGUGAACCCUGGAGUUCCUGCUACACAACAGCAGCAGCAGAUAUUUACAUAAAACACAAACAUAUCUAAUGUACAACAGGCUUGCACACAUUGUCUUGGCGCUGCUGAAACUUGUGGUGUUUAUGGAGAGUGCAGUGUCAAGACGCUGAUUCAGUUUGAGUAAAAUGUUCAUAAAACCUCUUCAGUAAGCUGUUAGGUUGUUAUAAAACUAGUUCAGUGAGUUUAGGACUGCCUUGUUCAUCUUCAACUUCUUUAGUGUGUAACUACCACUUCUCAUACUUGGAUGUGAAAUGUUUUACUGGUUAGUUACUUAUAUUCAGGUUAUUCAGCUGUACUUCUGUUUUAUGCUGUGAGGAGAAGGACGGGUCAGAAUUUAAGUUUAAUUUCGUUGGCGCAUGUGAAACCACAUAUUUCUCAUAUGUCAGAACAUUGUUUAUUACAGAGAACUAAAGAAACCAAACAUUUAAAUAUCUCAAACAAUGAAUCAAUUAUCAAAAUAGAUGCUGAUCACUUUUUGUGGAUAAAUAUCCAAGCAGCUGUACAACUUGCCUCCAGUUGUUUCUGUUCAGAUUUUAUUCAUUUUGUUCAAGGAAUUAUUUCAUGAGGAAAAAGUUUGAAAGUCCUGUGUUUGCUUUCCACCUGCAUACCUGCUCUUUUCCACCAUUAUCAGUUAAAAGGUUUUAAGGUUUUUCUGCACUCAGACUCCAAAAUGUCUCAAAUUACAAUUGAUCACAACUAUAUUUUGUUUUGUUCUAAAUCAUUGGUUUAUUGACAGUAUUCCAUUUGCAUUUUAAUAAUAUGGAACCAGGUCAUAAGCUAAACCUGAGCUGAACAAUGUCUCCUUUUAAAGAAUGUGUCCAGAGGAUUGACUCAGUUCUAAUUCAGCUGUUUUUCAGGAGAACUACAUCAUGGGCAAAGUUUCUAAUGCAGGUUUAUGUGUUCAACAAAAUGCUUGUUGACUUGUUUUAUCAGAUGAAACCAGUCAAAGUAAGUUUGUCCUUUAAACUGUACCUCAUCCCAAAUGUAACUAUUCAUGUUGGCAGUGUGGUACCGUGACCAAUAAAGUUUUUACCUUUACCAAAUG